AUGGCUGAGACCUAUGAUAGUCUUACUGAAUCUGUGAGGAUUGCAAUGGUGGGAAAGUAUGUUGGUCUAACAGAUUCUUAUUUAUCUGUAGUGAAGGCCCUUCUGCAUGCUUGUGUUGCACGCUCUUUGAAGCCUUCAAUUGACUGGAUUGCAGCAUCUGACCUAGAAGAUGAGAGUGCAAAAUCAACACCAGAAGCACAUGCUGCAGCCUGGAAGACUUUGAAGAGCGCAGCUUGUAUCUUGGUUCCUGGGGGAUUUGGAGAUCGAGGUGUUAGAGGUAUGAUGCUUGCUGCCAAAUAUGCUAGGGAGAACAGUGUUCCUUACCUGGGGAUUUGCCUAGGAAUGCAAAUUUCUGUAAUUGAGUUUGCAAGAUCAGUUUUGGGUUGGGAAAGAGCAAACAGUGUAGAGUUUGAUGCCCAAACACCAAAUCCUGUUGUGAUUUUCAUGCCAGAGGGUUCACGAACGCAUAUGGGAAGUACCAUGAGACUUGGAUCUCGAAGAACGCUCUUACAGACAUCUGAUUGUAUUACUUCCAAGCUGUACGGUAAUUCAGAAUAUGUGGAUGAACGACAUAGGCACAGAUAUGAGGUAAAUCCAGAUGUCAUUGGAACUUUAGAAGAAGCUGGACUACAGUUUGUUGGGAAGGAUGAAAGCGGAAAACGAAUGGAGAUCUUAGAGCUUCCAAGUCAUCCAUUCUAUGUAGGUGUGCAAUUUCAUCCAGAAUUCAAAUCACGGCCAGUGAGACCAUCUGCUUUGUUUUUAGGUCUCAUAUUGGCCGCAACAGGGAAAUUGGAAGCGUAUAUUAGUAGGCAAAAUGGAAAUUGA